GGUUUGUGUGUCUGGGAACCUGCUACUGGUCUCCCAUCCAUACACACUCACACACAGAGAGAAAGAGAGAGCCACGGUCAGACAGACUGGCUCUCCAAAACCGACAGCAGGGGAAAAAAAACUCUCCUCUCGCGGCUCAGAAACCAGCAACUAUCGCAGAAGUGAAGUCGACGCGAUGUUAACCUCGAAAUGCUCUCUUUUAUUUUGAGAGGAAGGCUAACAACAGGGAAGAAGCUGCUUAAAAGUAGGUGAAGUGUGACAGCUGGAGACAUUUAACCCAAGGAUUUGUUGACUGCACGUGGAAACUGCUCGCUCAGACGCAUCGUGAAGCCUGGACUGCUCCACUUUAACUGGUGACCAGCUGUUUACGUCUGCCUAAAUCAGAGAUGAGUGCCAAAUCUGUAAUCAACAAGGAGGUGUUCAUACCUCACGAUGAGAAGAUGCUUGCUGCUGUACAGGUGAAGCGGAGGACAAAGAAAAAGAUCCCCUUCCUGGCCACCGGUGGUCAAGGAGAUUACAUGACGUUCAUCUGCGUCUCAGUGACGAACAAGAAACCAUCCCACGUUUCAAUCACAAAGGUGAAGCAGUUCCAAGGAUCAUCUGCCUUUGUAAAAAGGUCACAGUGGACAAUUGACCAGCUACGGCAGGUCAACGGCAUUGACCCCAACAAAGACUGUCCGGAGUUUGACCUGAUGUUCGAUACCGCUUUCGAUCAGUGGGUUGCUGGUUCAUCAGGGGAGAAGUGCACCUUUAUCCAGAUUCUCCAUCACACCUGCCAGCGUUACAGCUCAGCACGGAAGCCAGAGUUUGUCAACUGUCAGUCCAAACUGCUAGGGGGUAACAGUAUACUACACUCAGCUGCAGACAGUGUGACGAGUGCUGUACAGAAGGCCAGCCAGGCUCUGAACGAGCGUGGUGAGCGAUUAGGCCGGGCUGAGGAGAGGACUGCAGACAUGAUGAACAGUGCUGAACAGUUUGCUGUCACUGCACACAAGCUUGCCAUGAAGCACAAGUGUUAGACCACUGCCAAAACCAACUGGGCUAAGGGAGGGUCAGCAAUCGCCAGUUGCUGUACAGGAGAAGGAUUCCAGAUUUUAUUAUUUGUAAAAGUUUUAAUAUGAUUAAAAUUUGUUAACAAUGUUAACAUUUUAAUGUUUUGGGUUACUGUACUCCGGUGCUUCUCGUUCCUAAAGACGGAUCGUGCAGGGGACCGAAGAGAGGUAAACAAAACUGCUUGACGCUGUCAACUGAAUGUUUCAUGCUUCUGUUUGCCAAAAAAAAGUUACAAGCCACAGCUAUGACUCUACUUGAUAAUGACAGUCACUCAAGACACUUCCUCUUUUCGUUCGCUCACACACAAAUGAGAGCGUACACGUGUUGCCAAAUCAUCAUCGGCAAUUACUCCCUCCCAAGGAACAGCUUGGCUCCCAUUUAUACUGGUUAUUUAUGAGAGCUGCGGUAAUUAUGAAGUCUUAAUUUAUGAGUGCGGGCGCCCUCUGAUUGCUCGACUUUGGAUUGGCUGCCAGUAUAUAACAUAUAAAUAAGACACAUAUGUAAAAAUAGCCUAGAUUUGAUGCCCAAGUUGUAUUUUAAUAGAUAUUUGUGGGAGUGGGAAGUCGAAUGAAAGGGAUGAUCACAUUUCUGUUUGACAUUUAAUGUUUCCUUUUUUGCUCUGAUUUUUGGACAUUAAACUCGGACCAUAAUUUCAAAAUCUAUCAAAACAGUAUUAGUUAAAAAAAGUUUAAGAUAUAAUUUCAUAAACUGCUGAUGAGACUAAGUGAUGAGUGGUUUGGGUGACAAGAUAUAAAAAUGUUGAAAUAUUUUUCCCUCUUGUUAUGUGUCUGUCAAUGAAAAACAACCUAAACUACAUGGUAUAGAUUUUGGGAAGUGUACUUGAAGAUUUCAUUUAAAGAAUAAGCUUUUAAAGUAUAUGAAUUACUCUGUCUAAUACUUUAUGUUAACAGGGGUAAUUCAGUAAGCCAGCUUCUGCACUGUAAAAAGCAACAUGUAAUUCUUCUUCUACUAUUAUCUCGGUGUCUGUAGAGCUAAUUUGUCCCUGAACAUGGGGAUGCUUUGAAACUGAUCCUGGCUGUAUUUCAACUCUAAACUCUUCAGUAGUCAUACCUUGUGCUUAUUGUGUAACUUGGGUUGGUCAUUAUAAUAUGUAUGCUGAUAAAGGACAAAAUGUCUUAAAUAACAGCAGUGGUGUGUGGUAGUUUUGUCUUCUUUUAGUUUUUUCUUUUUUGUUUGUUUGUUUCGGGGGGGUUUUUUUGUUUUCUUUUUUUUGUUCAAUCCGCUCACUGUUCGUAACGUUGGCUUCUUUGAUGGCAGGACACCGCCCUCACGCUUGAGAUGUAUUUGAUUCUUUUAUAUUUUCAGUUUUGUAAUUCAUGAUGUUACAAUGCACUGACGAACCUUAUCUUGCAGAACACAGAGUUCACUAAUGAAAUGUUCCGGUUGCCUAACACUUGUGUGCUUUUAUUCCUCUAACACUUUUGAUGUUACUCGUUUUAAUAAAAAAUAGAUAUAAAGACAAAUUUAUAUUAUUCUGUGUCCUUUUUAUAGCCAACUCGAGCAGUUCAGUCAAACAGUGGAAUCAAAGUCCAUGAUUUUAUGGACUGCUGUUUACCGUUUUGGAUUUAGCUCACAUUGUUGUUUCCGGCUUGUAAACAGAACACUGCUACAAAUUUUAGUGUCUCAGAGGUCUUUAUGCCAUUUUCGCUGAUGUUCACAGUUCCACCUCAUCUUUCAUCAUCUAUAAUACUGUAAGAUAUGAAAUAAAGUCCACUCCACAAUCA